GCCUUUAUUGAACUCAUAACAGAAGAUAUCCGAAACAAAAGAAUAAUAGGUGGCUUUUCCGGAGAGGAAAUAGGAAGAGAGAGAAGGAGGAGCGGGCAUGCUGGAAUUGGUUGGGCUGUGAAUCCAAAUCGGAGAGUAUAUGGGGGGAGCUAGAACACUCGUGGACGCAGUUCGUCGCUGGCUUCAACGACGUAACAUUUUCUCUAGCAAUCACAACAGCAGUAGCAAUUGCAAUACUUCUGCUGCCGUCGAUCAAUACAAGAGCAGUGGCUCUGCGCCGGUGAGUAAAGAAGGUUGUGAGGAGGAGCCCGCGGUAGUUACAUAUUUCGACAUCUCUGCUUUGAAGAUCGUCAAAGUUCCCAAACGGAAUUACCUCCCCGUUUCUGUCAUGGAUCCUCACAAGAAGAAUGCAUUAGAAACAGAAUUUUUCACUGAGUAUGGAGAAGCAAACCGAUAUCAAAUCCAGGAACUCAUUGGAAAAGGAAGUUAUGGAGUUGUUGGUUCUGCAACUGAUACCCAGACUGGUGAGAGGGUUGCCAUAAAGAAGAUUAAUGAUGUUUUUGACCAUGUCUCUGAUGCAACAAGGAUUUUGAGAGAAAUUAAGCUCCUCCGCUUGCUUCAACAUCCUGAUAUUGUAGAAAUAAAGCAUAUUAUGCUUCCUCCUUCACGGCGCGAAUUCAGAGAUAUUUAUGUGGUCUUUGAGUUGAUGGAGUCUGACCUUCACCAAGUAAUUAAGGCAAAUGAUGAUCUUACUCCUGAGCAUUAUCAAUUUUUCUUAUACCAACUUCUUCGUGGUUUGAAAUAUAUACAUACUGCUAAUAUUUUUCAUCGAGAUUUGAAACCAAAAAAUAUACUUGCUAAUGCUGACUGUAAGUUGAAGAUAUGUGAUUUUGGACUUGCACGAGUAUCUUUCAAUGAUGCGCCUUCAGCUAUAUUUUGGACUGACUAUGUAGCAACUCGUUGGUAUCGUGCUCCUGAGCUCUGCGGAUCAUUUUUCUCCAAAUAUACCCCCGCAAUUGACAUUUGGAGCAUAGGAUGCAUAUUUGCUGAAAUGCUUUCAGGAAAACCUCUAUUUCCUGGUAAAAAUGUGGUGCAUCAAUUGGAUCUUAUGACUGAUUUCCUUGGCACUCCUCCUCCAGAAGCCAUUUCAAGAAUUCGAAAUGAAAAGGCAAGGAGGUAUCUUAGUAACAUGCAGAAAAAGCAACCAGUCCCUUUCUCACAAAAAUUCCCUGAUGCAGAUCCAUUGGCUCUUCGCCUGCUUGAACGCCUUCUUGCUUUUGAUCCUAAAGAUCGUCCUACAGCUGAGGAGGCCCUAGCUGAUCCAUAUUUCUUUGGUUUGGCAAAUAUAGAUCAUGAACCUUCUACCCAACCAAUUUCGAAACUAGAAUUUGAAUUUGAGAGGAGGAAAUUGACAAAAGAUGAUGUCAGAGAGUUGAUAUAUCGUGAGAUAUUAGAGUAUCAUCCCCAAAUGCUACAAGUGUAUCUCCAUGGUGGGGACCAGACCAACUUCAUGUACCCAAGUGGUGUUGAUCGGUUUAAGCAGCAAUUUGCACAUCUGGAGGAUAAUCGUGGUAAAGGCAAAAGAAGCACUCCACUACAAAGGCAGCAUGCUUCUUUGCCCAGAGAGCGCGUUCCUGCACCCAAGGAUGAGGCUGCUGAUGAAAACAUUGAAAGGCAAAGUGCAGCUGCUCUAGCUACUUCUCUUAAUAGUCCCCCAAAAUCUAGGUUAGCUGAUGGUUCAGGAAACACAGCUGCAGACGGACAAAAUGAACCUAGUAAACCAAAUAACAGUUCCCGUAGCCUGUUGAAGAGUGCCAGCAUUAGUGCUUCAAAGUGCAUUGGUGUCCCAAAGAAAAGAGAUUCUGAGCAUGAGGAAGCAAUUGCUGAGGGGAAUGAUGAAGUUGAUGAGAUUAGUCAGAAGGUGGCUGCUCUUAAUUCUUGAUUAAACUUCUGAUCUGUUUUGGAAGUAAUCAGAUAGCUUGGUACAUUAUCCAUUGCAUGGAAAGAGGGUGUGCUUUGUCGCAACCUGAGCUAGCAAACUUCUGUUACUUUGUUUAAGAGACUUGUGUAUAUAUCCCUCUUCCUUCUUCUGAUGUAAUCCUUUCUACAUCUGGAGGAAAGCUAUAGUGUAUUUUGCUCUGUUUUGUAAUGCAAAACAAUAGGGAUGAAUUUUGCUAUUUAAAGUUAAAAAAGUGAUUUCUUGUGA